AAUACGACAACGGUUGAACUACAGGUAGAGACCUGUUGGCAGCAGCCGUUAAAACGUAUAGUCGUGCUGCAUAAGAGAGCCCUAGUGCUGGGCCAAGCUGGUGAAGGAAACAACAAAGGGCGUUUCCCAAACUCUACCCAGGCCGCAAUAUACAGACACAAGUGCUGAGCAGGAGAGUGCAAAGGCACAUCGAAGAGGAAGAGUGCAAAGGCACAUAGAAGCAGGAGAGUGCAAAGGCACACCGGUGCGAAGGCACUUCGGUGCAGAAGCAUAUCGGUGCGGAGCACUAGGAAGAAGGAGACAAGACAACUCGGUCAUUCCACUGCCAUACAACACGCAGGUAUACACCGGUGACCUGCGCUGGUUACAGCUGGCGAAGACGAAAGCAAAUCGGAAUUCGAGUGGUGCUGGAUGUCAGAUACAUCCAACAAGAACAUCUAGAGCAACGAGGAUCUACACGGCAGUGCAACGGAGAUAGACAACAAUUUCAAGGUAGAAGUUUUUUCUUUUCCUUUUGAUUGAGUACUGUGUAGUGUUGGUUUCAAUUUUAUUUUAAAGUUUGGUUAAAAAUUUUUAUGUAAUGGAUGAAUCCAUGGACGUAAAUCCUAGCAUGAAUCCGAUACCCCCACGAACGAAAAAAUAUCAGGAGAGCUCUUCUGGGCCUUGGAUAGUCUUUUUUAGACGUAUAUCAAAGCCAUUAAACAUUUUACAAAUUAAUAAAGGUUUGACAUCACGAUACUCUUCAAUCAAAGAGAUCAUAAAAAUAAAUAACGAUAAAAUUCGUGUUGUGGUAAAUAAUUUGAAACACGCGAAUGAUAUUGUCUCUUCGGAACAUUUCAUUAAAGAGUAUAAAGUUUACAUACCCUCCAAAGAUGUCGAAAUUGACGGUGUUGUUACCGAAGCGAGUCUUUCGGUAGAUGAUUUACUCAAGCAUGGUGUUGGUCGUUUCAAGAACUCUAUGCUUGAGGGUGUGAAAAUACUGGAGUGCAAACAACUGUACUCAGUAGUUCAUGAAGAGGGAAAGAAAGUUUAUCGCCCAUCAGACUCGUUUCGAGUGACAUUUGCCGGGUCUGCGUUGCCGUCCCAUGUCUAUGUCGAUAAAAUUCGCCUCCCUGUUCGGCUUUUUGUUCCAAAUGUAAUGAAUUGUACGAACUGCAAAAAAUUCGGCCACACAGCUACUUACUGUAGUAAUAAACCAAAAUGUAUUAAGUGUGAAGGGCCUCAUAAAGAUAAUGAUUGCAACAAGGAAAUUGAAAAAUGUAUUUAUUGUGGGAAUAGUCCUCAUGAUGAUAUUUCAGUAUGCACUGCAUUUAAAGUGCACAAAGACAAAAUUAAGCUUUCUUUAAAAGCACGGUCUAAGCGCACAUAUGCAGAAAUGCUUAAAACGGUCAUUGAUGUCCCCCCUUUGGAAACCGAAAACGGGUUUUCAAAUCUAGAGGAACCAGAGGACUCUGACUCUGACGAAAAUAGUGAAGGUAAUUCGUUUAUCACUACCCAAGGGUCAGUUAAGAGAAAGAAGUCUUCCUCCAAAUUACCAAAAAAGACACCUAAAAUUUCAUCUUCAAAAAAAGAUCCCCGUGUUAAACAAAAAAAGUCAAAACCAAAGACUGUGCCUCCUGGUUUGUCAAAUUCACAAACCAAUCCAGGAUCUAGUACAGAAAAAGAUAAUAAUCCAGUGGGCUCCAUUUCACAGCCACCAACAGGAUUACUGAAGUUUUCGGAAAUUGUUGAAUGGAUUUUCUCAGCAUUCAAUAUAUCUGAACCCAUAAAGACCCUCAUAAUGGCAUUCCUUCCAAUAGCUAGAACCUUUUUGAAGCAGUUAUCAGCUCAAUGGCCAAUUGUCUCAGGUUUUGUAUCUUUUGAUGGAUAAUUUAUCACCCGUCGCAAAUGAUACAAUCACUGUCCUGCAGUGGAAUUGUCGAAGCAUCAUGCCAAAACUUGAUUCAUUUAAAAUAUUAUUGCAUAGUCAAAAAUGUGAUGUAUUUGCUUUAUGCGAAACAUGGCUUACUUCAAACAUAGCUUUAAAUUUUAAUGAUUUUAACAUUAUACGUCUCGAUAGAGACUCUCCGUAUGGUGGAGUGCUUUUGGGAAUUAAGAAAUGCUAUUCCUUUUAUAGAUUAAACAUCCCUUCAACUUCUAGUAUAGAAGUUGUUGCUUGUCAAAUAAACAUUAAAGGCAAAGAUAUUUGCAUAGCUUCGGUUUAUAUUCCUCCAAAAGCACAAGUUGGACAGCAACAGCUUAAUGAAAUGGUUGAAGCCCUUCCUGCACCACGAUUGAUUCUGGGGGAUUUAAAUUCGCACGGUAUUAUGUGGGGUUCCGUUUACAAUGAUAGCAGAUCAUCUUUAAUACAAAACAUUUGUGACAAUUUUAGCAUGACGGUAUUAAAUAUGGGUAGCAUGACACGGAUCCCAAGACCUCCGGCACGCCCAAGUGCAUUAGAUCUAUCUCUUUGCUCAACAUCAAUUCGACUAGAUUGCACCUGGAAAAUACUGCCUGAUUUACACGGUAGCGAUCAUUUACCAAUCAUCAUCUCAAUUAGCAGUAGCAAUUGUAUUGCUACUUCC